CAAGGUGACGUAGGCGUGCGUGUGACCAAUGAGCGCGCGCGUUGCUUGGAGGUUGGCAGACAGCUGUCAUGGCGGCCUCCUUGAGAUGCCGGUUUGAAAUGAUGAGCGGGGUGCUGUGCAGGACCUGGAGCUGUGCUGGGGGUCGGAAUGGGCGCUGUGUGGUGCCCCGGUCUUGGUCACGUCUGUAUGGAGGAGUGAGGGCAGCUAGCGGCGCGGUGUGUGUGGAUCUGGGGGGCAGGAAGUUGGAAAUCUCUUGUGGGAAGUUAGCCCGUUUUGCAGAUGGGUGUGCGGUAGUAAAGCUAGGUGAUACAUCUGUAAUGGUAACUGCUGUGAGCAAGACAAAGCCUUCUCCAUCCCAGUUCAUGCCACUGGUCGUCGACUAUCGACAGAAAGCUGCUGCUGCGGGAAGGAUACCUACAAAUCAUCUAAGAAGAGAACUAGGCUCAACUCCACAUGAGAUUCUUACAAGCAGAGUUAUAGAUCGUUCAGUUCGGCCUCUAUUUCCUACUGGUUAUUUUUAUGAUACACAGAUUCUGUGUAACUUAUUAGCAGUGGAUGGGAUCAAUGAACCUGAUGUCUUGGCAAUAAAUGGAGCCUCCGCUGCACUGGCAUUAUCGGAUAUACCUUGGAAUGGACCAGUAGGAGCGGUUAGAAUUGGCCUGAUCGAUGGAGAGUUUAUUGUUAACCCUAGUAGAAAAGAAAUGUCAGCGAGUUUAUUGAACUUGGUUGUCACUGGGUCUGUCCAUAACCAAGUAGUCAUGCUUGAGGCUGCGGCAGAGAAUGUUUUACAGCAGGAUUUUUGUCAUGCUGUUAAACUGGGAGUAAAGCACGCAAGUCAAAUAAUCAACUGCAUACAACAACUAGUGAAAGAACAUGGGAAGCCAAAACGUACUGUACAGAAACUGUUCACACCUUCUGAAGAGAUUGUAGAGGCUGCAAGAGCGCUUGCAUCUGAGAAGCUAUAUUCAAUUUUUUCCGAUUUCACCCAUGACAAAAUCUCUAGAGAUGAAUCUGUGAACAAGGUCAGGCUUGAAGCGGAGGAAGUGCUGAAAGGAAAAUUUCCAGAUGCGGAAUCAUUUGAUAUCAUUGAGUCCUUUAAUGUUGUGUCAAAAGAAGUUUUUAGAAACAUCAUAUUAAAUGAAUACAGAAGAUGUGAUGGCAGAGACUUAUCGUCUCUCAGGAAUAUCAACUGUGAAGUUGAUCUUUUCAAACCUCUCCAUGGUUCUGCUUUAUUCCAGCGGGGGCAAACACAGGUGUUCUCUACAGUUACAUUUGACUCCAUUGAGUCCAGUAUGAAAGCUGAUCACAUUACAACAGCGUUAAGUGGUGUUAAAGCUAAGAAUUUUAUGCUGCAUUACGAGUUUCCUCCAUAUGCUACAAAUGAGAUUGGAAAGGUCAUGGGAAUGAACAGAAGAGAACUUGGUCAUGGUGCACUAGCGGAGAAAUCCUUAAAACCAGUAAUUCCUAAAGAUUUUCCUUUCACAAUAAGAAUAACAGCAGAAGUAUUGGAGUCCAAUGGCUCUUCAUCUAUGGCAUCUGCUUGUGGGGGAUCCUUGGCUUUAAUGGAUGCAGGAGUACCUAUAUCUGCUCCUGUUGCUGGAGUUGCAGUUGGUUUAAUUACAAAAUACAGCCAAGAAAAACCUGGCGAAAUUGAUGAUUAUCGGAUACUGACUGAUAUACUAGGCAUUGAAGAUUACUUAGGUGAUAUGGAUUUUAAGAUGGCUGGCACUAGCAAAGGUAUAACUGCUUUACAAGCGGACAUUAAGAUCCCAGGUUUACCGCUAAAAGUUGUCAUGGAAGCAAUCCAGCAAGCUAGCGUUGCAAAAAAAGAAAUCUUACAGAUUAUGAAUAAAAGAAUUUCAAAGCCAAGAGAAAACCGGAAAGAAAACAGUCCUGUAAUAGAAACUGUCCAGGUACCGUUAUCCAAGAGAACCAGAUUUGUUGGACCUGGGGGAUAUAAUUUAAAAAAACUUCAAGCUGAAACAGGAGUGACCGUAAGUCAGUUAGAUGAAGAAGUAUUUUCUGUUUUUGCCCCAACACCAAGUGCGAUGCAGGAGGCCCGGGAGUUUAUCACUGACGUCUGUAAAGAUGACCAAGAUUUCCAGCUGGAGUUUGGCGCCAUAUAUACAGCCACCAUAACAGAGAUUAGAGAUAUUGGAGUGAUGGUUAAGCUCUACCCAAAUAUGACUCCUGUUUUGCUUCAUAAUUCACAACUUGAUCAUCGCAAAAUACAGCAUCCGAGUGCACUGGGCUUCGAAAUUGAUCAACAGAUCCAGGUAAAAUACUUUGGCCGGGAUCCAACAGAUGGUAGAAUGAGGCUGUCUAGAAAAGUUCUGCAGGCCCCUGCUAGCACCGUGACCAGAACCCUGAGUGACAAGAACAGUAUUACAAUGAGCGGAACAAACUCUACAUCGUCACCAUAGAUCUCCACUGAGUAACUGAAUAAGUGACCUCCUUCCCCCUUGUUUGUAUAUUCUGUACAUAACUUAUUUUAAUAUGUGAUAACAAUGAAUUUGAUACAGUCUCAAUAAAUGGCGAUUGAUUUCUUACAUCA